ACCCCUUCUCCCCUUCGCACACACACACACACACACGGCACACGCCGCGGCAAAGCGAGAGAAAGGGGCAAAGGCGAAGCGGCGUCCUCGUCCACCUCCACCACCACCACCACCACCACCACCACCGGCGAGCUAUGUCGGCCGCGGGGAAGGCGAAGGCGAGCGGCAGCAAGCGGGCCGGAGCCAAGGACCCCGACGAGGCGCCCCGGUCCGACAAGAGGCGGCGCGACAUGGACGACUCCGACCCCGAGCUCGAGCUCGACAGCGACUUCAAGCAGAUCGUGACGAUGCUGCGCCACAUCAAGGACAAGGCUCACAAGGACGGCCAGAAGAAGACCGAGCAGGCCAUCUCCAGCGUUGCAACAGAGAUUCAAUCUAUGGUACAGGACACCAAGACAAAGUUUGAGAAGGAAAGGCAGAAUGUUCUUAAAGGUCUAACGAAGGCUUCCAAAGAGUGUGAAGGUUCAUUGAAGACCGAGUACACCAAGUUUCAAGCCACUCAUGACAAGUUCUCCAAAGACAAGGCUGCACACAUACAGAAUUUCAAAGAUCUUUUCUCAAAGUUUGAAGUUGAAAAGGAGAAACUGAUAGUUCAGUAUGAAUUGCAAAGGAAGAAGGAAAAGACUACUCUUGCUGAUCUUGAGAAAACAGUCGCGGAGAAGAUAUCAGAUGCAGAGGAAUCUCUGAAGAAGUUGAAGCAGGGUGACAAAUCCAUCAUCAAGCUUCGCAAGUCCUUUGCCUCGUUCCUGGUCCCCGACGAGGAGGACGACUGAUACGGCUCUUGCUUGAUGGUCCGUCUUUCAGAUUGACGUGGAUAGUGGUAUAUGGUUUUGAAGAACAGAGAUGAUGCACAUCACAGGGGAAAGAGUGAGUAGGUUCUGUAGGGUUUCGAUAACUUGGCCCGCAUGGCUCGUACGGUUUUGGUGCUUUGAUGUCUGUCGUUUCAGAUCGACAUGGAUAGUGGUAUGUUGUUCUGAAGAACAGAGAUGAUGCGCGUAGGUUCUAUAGGAUUUCGAUAGCUUCUUCACCCGCACUGCUCAUGCGGUUUCGGUGUUCCGAUCAUGAUGAAACCUAACUUUUCCUGCUCUUACAUUCAGCAGCCAUUGCUAAA